AUGUUUCAUCACCAUACUUGUUCACUAGCUAAUAUUAGCAUUGAUAAAGAUGCUCUUCUUUCCUUGAAAUCUCACAUUUCUUCUGAUCCUAACAACAUCCUAGCAAGAAACUGGUCUUCUUCCAGCCCAGUUUGCAGCUGGAUCGGAAUCACUUGCAGCUCCCGCCACAAUCGAGUCACUGUUUUAGACAUUUCUAGCAUGCAACUUCAUGGUACCAUACCUCCACACCUUGGAAACCUCUCAUUUCUUGUUUCCCUCAACAUCAGUAACAACACUUUCCAUGGAGAUUUGCCAGAAGAGUUGGCCCAUUUACAAAGGUUGAAAUCGAUUGAUGUCAAAAGCAAUAACCUCACUGGAGCCAUUCCAUCAUUUUUAAGUUUGUUACCAAACCUACGGUUUGUGUACCUUUCGAUGAAUCAAUUUUCGGGAGAAAUUCCUUCUUUCAUUUCCAAUAUAACAAAGCUGGAAGUGUUGAGAAUACAGAACAAUUUUCUCAAAGGAGAGAUCCCUAGGGAAAUCGGUGAUCUUCCUUUCCUGACUAUCCUAGACCUGCAAAGCAAUCAGCUUAGUGGGGCUAUACCACCAUCAAUCUUCAACAUUACGACGAUGGAAAUCAUUGCUCUUACAAGGAACAAUCUCACUGGUGAGCUUCCAAUAACUAUAUGUGGCCAUCUUCCAAAUUUGAAAGGGCUUUACCUCUCAAAAAACAACCUAGGUGGCAUUAUUCCACCAAACCUGGAGAAAUGCAGAAAGCUUCAAGUCUUGUCAUUGUCGGACAAUGAGUUUAUUGGAACUGUACCGAGAGAGCUAGCCAACUUAACAGCUCUUACGGGAUUAGCUAUUGCAGCUCUGCAUUUGGAAGGAGAGAUACCAGUGGAGCUCAGUAAUCUUAAAAAUCUACAGAAUUUUGUGUUAGCACAGAAUCAGUUUAGUGGUUCUGUCCCUCCAACCAUUUUCAACAUGUCAGCACUGCGGGUUCUAGUACUUGAUAGAAACAAGCUUUCAGGUACUCUACCUUCAGAUUUAGGUCGUGGAAUGCCCAAUCUAGAAGAACUUUAUUGUGGAGGAAAUAAUCUUACAGGCUUUAUCUCUGAUUCAAUCUCAAAUUCUUCAAGACUCAGAGCACUUGAUCUCGUAGGCAAUAGUUUCACAGGUACAAUCCCGGGAUCACUUGGUAACUUAGAGUACCUUGAGAUACUGGACUUUGGGGGAAAUAAUUUUGUCAGCGAUUCAACAUUGAGCUUCCUCACAUCAUUUACAAAAUGUAGGAAUCUAAGAGCACUCUGUUGGUAA